GCACACCAGGGUUCAACUUCAUACCGCUCACCUUGUCUGUUAGGCUGCGCAAUAACUCAACACCUCAACUCUCUCUGGUUUUCUGAAACGGCGACGUUCUCACUAGAUCAAUCGGAUCUUGCUUUUUGGUUGUUGGGUCAAUCCGAUUCCAAGCGAAAAAUGGUAGCUGCUGUCCACUCAUUCACCGCCAACACUUACGAAGAGGCUCGCAACCAACGCCUUGAAGAAAACAAAAGGAAGUUCCAGGAUUUGGGAAUUUCAAACAUUUCGAAGACUCUGACCCACUUGACUGCUUCUCCGAACAAGUCCCAGCAACGUGUUUCAAGACCCAAAGCAAAAAAUACCUGUUUUGAUUUAGAGCCAAGACGGUCUUCCCGUCAACGCAACCCAAUCCAAUCGUAUCGUGAUGAUGUUGACGUAGGCCUGCCAACUUUGAGGAAAGGGUCAAGGAAAACUUCAUCUUCAUGGGGAAGCUACCUUGCAAGGCCUAUAGAGGAGGUCAGAGCUGCUUCUUAUGAAGAAAGGAGUGCUGCUUUUAAAGCUGCAGAGAAGCUUCAAGAGAAUCUACAGACUGAGAAUCCAACUUUUGUCAAAUCGAUGGUUCGGUCUCAUGUUUAUAGCUGUUUCUGGUUGGGGCUUCCUUCAAAAUUUUGCGAGGAUCAUCUCUCAAAAAUGGGGUCGGAAAUGGUACUAGAGGAUGAAGAUGGCAAUGAGUAUGAUGCUGUCUACAUUGGCAAGAGGGCUGGGCUUAGUGGGGGCUGGAGAGGGUUUGCUUUGGAACACAAGUUGGAUGAUGGUGAUGCGCUUGUGUUUGAACUGACUGAACCCGCAAGAUUUAAGAUCUACAUAGUUAAGGCAUACCCCAUGCCGAGUCUAGAAUGUUUCAAAAACAAUGUGGACAAAGAAGAGAUUACCAGUGCUGAAAAGACAUCAAAGGCAGCCAUGAAGACUGACUCAGAAUCAAAUCAGAAACGAAGGUCAAAGAGAGGUAUUGUGCCUGAGAUGGAUGAGUCUCAAACUUCCCCAGACUCAGAACCAAAUCAGAAACGAAGGUCAAAGAGAGGUACUGUGCCUGCAAUGGUUGACACAAAAACUUCCCCAGACUCGGAAUCGAUUCAGAAACGAAGGUCGGAGAGAGGUGUUGUGCCUGUGAUGGAAGACUCAAAAACUUCCCCAGUCUUGGAACCAAAUCAGAGACGAAGGUCAAAGAGAGGUAUGGUGCCUGAGAUGGAUGACACAAAAACUUCCCCAGACUCAGAACCAAAUCAGAAACGAAGGUCAAAGAGAGGUACUGUGCCUGCAAUGGUUGACACAAAAACUUCCCCAGACUCGGAAUCGAUUCAGAAACGAAGGUCGGAGAGAGGUGUUGUGCCUGUGAUGGAAGACUCAAAAACUUCCCCAGUCUUGGAACCAAAUCAGAGACGAAGGUCAAAGAGAGGUAUGGUGCCUGAGAUGGAUGACACAAAAACUUUCCCAGACUCGGAAUCGAUUCAGAAACGAAGGUCAGAGAGAGGUGUUGUGCCUGUGAUGGAAGACUCAAAAACUUCCCCAGUCUUGGAACCAAAUCAGAGACGAAGGUCAAAGAGAGGUAUGGUGCCUGAGAUGGAUGACACAAAAACUUCCCCAGACUCAGAACCAAAUCAGAAACGAAGGUCAAAGAGAGGUACUGUGCCUGCAAUGGUUGACACAAAAACUUCCCAAGACUCGGAAUCAAUUCAGAAACUAAGGUCAGAGAGAGGUGUUGUGCCUGUGAUGGAAGACUCAAAAACUUCCCCCGUCUUGGAACCAAAUCAGAGACGAAGGUCAAAGAGAGGCAUGGUGCCUGAGAUGGAUGACACAAAAACUUCCCCAGACUCAGAAUCGAAUCAGAAACAAAGGUCAAAGAGAGGUAUCGUGCCCGAAAUGGAUGACACAAAAACUACUCCGAAGGUUCUGCCAGAUAGCCCCAAAGGUCAAGAAAUCGAACAGGAAGUCAGCCCGAUGAAGAAGAAUGAAGUUGCUCCUAAACAAAUUAGAAAGAAAGCUAAAGCAAACAGAGUUCGUAGCACAGAAAAUCCAGAAGGUUGCGAAGUACAGGAAGCAAGCACGAAAAGUCCAGAAGGUUGUGAAGUCAAACAGGAAGCAAGCACAACUGAGAUGGAUAGUAGAGUUGUUAAAGAUGAGAAGGAAUGUGUAGCUAGGAAACCCAGAAAGAGAGUUGUAAAGGAAAGGCUUUUCCGAAAGAGAGUCUAGCGGUAGAAGGCUUCAUAACUUGUUUGACAUCCCAACCUUCGGUUUACGAAGCAAAGUGUUUCCAAAACAGAACGGACUUCAAAUUCUGUUCGCAGUGUACUUAUUCCAUUUCUUCAGGUUUUUAAUUUUUGAAAUAGCCUUGACAAAACUUGAAAAUUAA